UUCAUAAAUUAAAUGUCAGGAUGGAUGGACGUCUUGUAAUUCAGCUGAUGUUUACCGCAGCAUUAUCAGGGGUUAAUGGAGUAUCCUCGAAUAUUGGUUAUAAUGAUAGCGAAUCGCUUAAGACGUGUGGUUUCAAUACCCAUUUCAACGAAAGUGUCCACCGCUGUGUAGAGUGUCCAUUGGGCAGUUUUGGAGUGAAUUGUAAAGAAGAAUGUAUUAGAGGUUAUUAUGGCUAUCUUUGCCGGAGCAGCUGCAGUUGUGAAGUAUCCGCAUGCGAUCCAGUUACGGGGUGCCAAGAUCAUUCAAAUUUCGGUGGUAACAAAAGUUCCAAGAGCCCAGCACAAGACAAUCAUACGUCUCCCCUACGCAGUACAGUUAUGGCUACUGCGUCUCCACUGCGCAAUACAUUCAAUGCAACAAUAAAAUUCGGUAUGGGUAAGAUGUCAUAAUGAACUGUUGCGUCAUGAUAAUAACUUCGCCUUGAUCACUCCAUGUUAAGAUAUUGACAUAAGAUCUCUAUUUUUAGGAUCAUGUUAUUAUAUAUCGGAACUGCCUUAAUUUCACGUUUAGAAUAAAUUAAUUUUCCAUGAUUUUGCUAUCUUUAAUCAAAUAAGUCGGUAAAGUUUGGUGUUUGAAUGAAAUCCUCAUCUAAAAAGCACUUACUACGCAUAGAGCAAAGUCGACGAGAUGAUGUCAGCUAUGGAAUUGGAAAAAUGAAGGUAAAAGUUGGGAAUUAUCAAUAAUGAUGUAUGAUGUAUGAAUACUUGAAACUAAAGUUGUUAAGAAUCAAACAGACACCAUUCACCGUGUUUUGUAUAUAAUUAUACAUUUACACAACACUUCUAAGGUAGUAAAUACAGAUUUAAUGCAAAUGUUCAAUGUUUGAUAGUAUUUAUUUACACACAUGUAUAUAGGUAGCUUUAAUUGCAUACAGACCACAAAAACGUUAAACCUUUGUUACUUCAGAAUGGUACGCAAGUUAUGUGUGUGAAGGAAGGUGUUCGAGUAGUACCAGUGACAGUUAUCAUGUUGAUAAUACAGCUUAUUUGUUAAAUAUAAACAUGACUAGUUGAAACCUCGCAUAAGCGCGGGAAAUCACAGUUAAAUGGUGUUGCAUAGAGGAAGUACAUUUUUAUUGUGUUUUCAAAUUGCUGCGGACAUGAAUUCCGUGAACGAUAUCUUUAAUUCAAAUGUAUUCAAAGCAAUUUUUUUAAUAAUUGCGUACAAUAGGUAUGUUAUAUUCAUUGCUAGCAUAUACAGUGCAUAACGAAAACUUGAUUAUGAGGAAUUCACUUGGGGCUCCAAAGUAAAUGUUCCUUAUGUAACAUAAAUGAUCUUUCUCCAAAUUGAAAAUUAGAUAAAAAAAAUUAUGAAUGUAAUUAUAAUACGCCAGGUCGAAUAGUUGAUCAAAGACAAAAUGAGCGGACCUUUAUAAUUUCUAAAUUUGAUACUCAUUAUUGCGAAUGUGUUGAUAAUGGUAGCGUAUGUCCAGUGCCGACAAUCUAAGGGCAAACUUAUUUUAUUUAUUCAAAACUUACCAAAACCUAUUUCACUAUUUAACAUUUCGUGUCAUUAUAAUCGUGUAUACCAUGUAGAAACUAUUUUGAGUUUCUAUAAUGUGUCUGUAUAUUUUCUUAAAAUAACUAUCAUCUUAUAGAUUUAUUAGGGAAAAAACCCAAACCUAAGUCGAACUUUGAAGUAAUAUUGAUUUGGAUUAAUGAAGAAUUUAACAAUGGAACAUAUUUGAUUGUGUACAACACUGGGAUGAAAGGUGAAGAUAGUGAACUGUGAUCUAUCUCAUCAGUAACAACACUAAACUAAGGAAGUGUUUUCGAUUGCUUAUUCGGUUGAUGUCCUCCAUCUCAUCACCUUGUACUUUUGUACCGACCUCAUCAUGUUACAACUUAACACUACUUAUAACUGUGCAUCCUUAUAUGAUUCCGUGCAAUAUGUGUUAUUGCAGAGGUAUAACAUAUUGAUAUUGGUACUCGUAUUAGGACUUUAGAAAUGUUCAACUAUACUGUGAAUUCCUAAAUAUACGCGGGGAAUUUAUUAUCGUGUAAUUUGGUGAGAAACAUCACUCGCAUAAAAUAUUUCUCUCUUUUAGUUUUAUAUCGCUAAAAACACUUGAUCCACAGAGCACUCACAAGUUCAUUUUCUCGCGAUUUGACGGCCAUGAGUCAUUUUGCGAUGAUAGCGACUCGUGUGAAAUAAUAAUGUGUUCCAAUGAUUAUCUCUCCUCUAAACAAAAAGUACAUAAAUCGCUGUCUGAUUUCCCAAUCAUUUAAAAAAAGUGUUUAUAGUUAAAAUUCUAUGAUUUACUCGAUAGUGUAGCCAUUGUAAUAUACUAUCUUUUGUGUUCAUAAAAACAUCCUUAUAAUCCUUGAUGCAAGGUGAAGAUAACGAACAGUGAUCAAUCUCAUAACUCCUACAAGC